UAAAACAAAUACCAAACCCUAGCUUCCAAUUUCACAUUCCUCCACCAGGACCGUCACAUCCAACUCUCCGAACACCAUCGUUCCCCGUCCCUCCGUCGCCUCUCUCCUCGUCAUCGGAUUCUAUAACGGCUCCCAAAUCCAUAAAUUAAAGUUCUCAAAUUGAAGACCCCAAAUCCUCCUGAUGGUGCGUCUGGUGCUAAGGGUUCUCAAUCGGGUUCGUUGGCUUCUGAAUCUUGGAGAUUUGGGUCCUGAUUCGUUGUCUUCUGAUUCGUUGGGUGUGAUCGAGCAAAGUGGAUACACCAGCUGUGUUAGCUGGAAUCAAAUCUUGGUGAGGCCCAACCUCGGCAAAAGCAAAACCAUAAUGAAUAAAAUAGGAGCUCUACAGGCACAAGUGUGUUGGACCAAGAACAAUCACCAGUAGAGUAGAUGAUGCAAAUCUUUGUUUUAAAUUAGCAGUUUGUGCUUUUCCACUUUGUACAAUUUUGGAAAGUGGUGGUUGACAGUGAUGGUCUUACUCCAAAGUCCACAGCUACAUUGGGUUCUAGUUAGAUAUAUAUUACACAUACACCCAAAGUUUCCUCAUUCGAAUGCUACUUCUUACAAAUGGGCAUUUGGUGAGGAAAGGCUUGCUAUGGCAGAAUCGAUGUUGGAGGCUACCUUGCAGUACCAAUUUGGCCAACAUAAGGCACUGCCUACCCCAAGUGAGUGGACUUCGCUUGUGGAGCGAUUUCUGCCAAGACAGAUCGCUACAACUCCUACUCCUGACACGAUAAAGUGGUAUUUGAAUAUACAUGAGCGUUACCUUUUGAUGGAAACUCUGACAAAAGAAGAUGCCAGCAAUUCGAGCAUGUGGGUUUGCUGGUGUUGCAAGUGAUGUUAGGGGUGAUGUAGGUUCUAUUGUAGUUGUUGUAUCAUUUGUGGAUAUUUUUUUAUUAGUAAUUUAUUUCUUUAGUAUUUAAAUUGCAAACUUAUGUAUGGAUUUUGGUUUCUUAUCGCUAAUAUUCUUUGCUUUUAGUUUUUUCUCA